AUGAUGAUUUUGCAAUUGGGAAAUGACAUAUUAGGGGCAUUAGGAGCUGAGGAGAUCGUUCGUGAUGUGGAAGUAUUCUUUAGCGAUGCAUUUUAUAUUCAAUACUUCCAAGCAGUAUUCCCCAGUAUAGUUGAAUUUCAACAAAUUGAGCCAGGGAGAAAUGAGUAAGAUAUGGCAGAGAACUUACAAGAUCUAAUUGAUUUUCUUGGUGAUUAGAUCAUAAAAGUUGACUUGACUGCUAUUAGUGGGCCUGAGAUAAUUAUGGGUAAUCCAAUCCACUGUAUACAACUUUUGGAACUUCUACAUGAUCUUACUGCGAGACUCGGAGAUGAAGGUAGUGAAGAAGAUGAUGAAAUGGAUGAUGAGGAAAUUAGGUAACUAAUGUAAGCGAAAUAAAUGGAAUAAAAUAAAGUAAAGGGUAAAGGCUAACCUGCAGCGGCCAAUCAAAAGCUUGAACCAAUUAACAAAAAGGGAAGUCAACAGCCUAAAUAAGAUUUACAAAAGAAUGAUGCUCAACCUAAAUCUAAGAAAGCUUUGGCUAUGUAAAUGGCAAAGUAGUAGCAGAUGAAGAUGGCUUCUGAUGAUUUUAUGGAUGAAGAAAGCCAUUAAGAGUCUGAUGAAUAUGGAGAUGAAUCAGAUGAAAAAGAAAAGGAAUUCAAGAAGGAGUUGGAAAUGAUGUAGCAGAAGGCUAAGUUUUAAUAGUAAUAACAGGAUGCAUAAAAGACCUAGGCUAAGCCUUUAGAUCCAAAAACUUAAGCAGUAGCGAGUAAAAAUGAUAAAUCUGACUAGAGUUAAGUUAAAAAAAUAGAAAUUAAACCCUAGGCAAAGAAAUAGCAACACUAUGAUGAAAGUGGGGAUGAGGAUGAUCUGUAUAAUGAGGAUUUCGAAGAUGAUUUCCAGGAUGAUGAAGAUGAUGAAUAUGGAGAAGAAGAUGAAGAAUUAAAUAAUAGAAUCAACAAUUUGAAGCCUUAACUAAACAAACAGCAGCCUGAAUAAAACCCUUAAGAGAAAGUAGAAAUAAAAUUAACUUAGCCAGCUACUACAAUUUCUAAGGCUGAAAGCAAGCCUGAACCUUAAAAGCAAGCAAAAGUAAUUGAGAGCGAUGCUGAUUCAGAUGAAGAACCUAUUAAAACUUAAAUUCAACCUAUUGUUUAAACUAAGGCUGACAGUGUCAAAGCCAAUAAUGUGUCUAAAAAGUCAGAAGAUGAUGAAUUUAAGGAUUAUGAUGAUAUUGCGGACGAUGAUUAUGAUGAAGAAUUUGAUGAUGGUGAGUCUGAGCCUGAAGAAAAGCCAAAGCAAAAAAUAGUUUUCCCACCAUCUUCUCAGCCAGCUCCAGUAUCCAGCAGCAAUCCUCCAGUGAAGAAGGUUUGGGAGAAGAAAGAUCCCUUAAGUUAAUUUGUGACAAUAAAAAAAGAUGAAUAGCCUAAGGAGGACGAGUAGAAAUUAUAGGAAUAGAAAAGACAAGAAGAAGAGUAGAAGAAAAAAGAUGAGGACUUGAAAUAACAAUAGGAACUGUAAAAACGAAAAGAUGAUGAGGAAAAACAAAGGUAGAAAGUACUCUUAGAGAAGCAAAAGGAGGAGGAAGAAAAAUUGAGAAAAUAAAAGGAAAUAGAGCAAGCACAAAAGCAGAAAGAUGAAAGUGUAGAAGAGUCAAUAGAAGAUGAGUUUGAAGAUUAGUAGUUUGAUGAUAAGGAAGAUUUAGACUCUGAACCAGAAGAGCAAAAAUAAGAGAAUAAAAAUCUUGCUCAAAGAUCAAUAUAAGAUAAGAAUUCAGUAAUCGAGCAGGAGAAAGCAUAGAGCCUAAAAAGUAGUGUUUAAUCAUAAGCAAGUAAAAUAGCAGAGAUAAAAUAAGAACAGACAGUUAAAUAAGAAGAAAAAGUCUAAGAAUAACCUAAGAGAAAUUUGCUAGCCUUCUAAAAUUUGAAUAAUAAAUAAGUACCAAUACCUUAAAGCAAUCCAAUUCAAUAAAAGCAAUAACCCCUAGUGACUUAAGAUCAAUACACUUAUGAUAUUGAUCUUACCAAACCUAUAGAAAAACCUCAACCUUAAUAUAAAUAGCAGCCAAUACAAUAAUAGCAGCACAUCCCUCUUAGUUAAAAUAUUUAAUCUGGAUUUUUAUAAUAAACCUAGCCUAUUAAUUAGACUUAACCUUAAAUACAAAAAUAACCUGAAAAAGAACUAUAGAUAUAAUAGCUAGUUCUCUCCACAUAAAUAAUUUAAAAUUCUACUCCAAAUCGACUUAGAGAUACCUCAAAUAUUAGAUAAAAUGAACAAUCUCUGUAUUAAGCUUAAGAUGAGGGAAGAUUUGAUAUUUAAAUUAGCAAGAAAAGUUAGUAAAACAUUAAGGAACAUGAAGAUAAUAAAAGAAAAGAGGAACUAAAAUAGUUUGAAAACUACAUUCUCAGAAACCUAGAAAAUCUUGACUUAGAGGACAGACAUCAGCUAUUGGAAUAUAUGGAGGAUGAAUAUGACAAAAAUCCAGGAUUAUUCCCUUUCCCUAAGGAAUUAUUGGAGGAGUUCUUGAUUAGUGAACUGUAAAAGAAAAAAGAAGCACAAUUAAAGGAAGUCAAAAGAUAGAAAAAAUUAGCUAAGUAGAGAGAAAAGAAAAAUAUAUAGAGUAGUAAUUUCAAAUCUCAUAGUAAAUCUCAAAAUAUAACUUAGAAUAAUCAAAGUUAAAGAAAAUUAAUUGAACUCAGCAAGAAGAAAGCAAAGGGACAAAGUGAAACCCAGUUAUAAGAGGAUUUGCAAAAUGAUAAUCAAAAUGAUAAUCACUAAAUAAAUUUUGCUCCUAAAUAUAAUAAGAGACCAUAGUCAGGAUCAAAAUUAAGUAACAUGAAAUAAAAAAAGAUUUAGAGACCUCAAAGUGCAAUGCCAAGAGAUUAAAGAAUUGAUAUAAAGAUGCCUACUGAAAACAGUAAAUAGUAUUAGGAUAUGUUCUAGUCUAAAUUUUCCUCCUCAAAAAGACCAACGAGUUCAAAACGAUCAAAAUCAAAAAAGAGAUCAGAAGCUAACCCUUCUUAGUAUUAGAUAAACUAACUAGUUCAAGCAUUGAGUCCUAAAGAACUUAAAAAUACCCCAAUGUUUAUGAAUAUGCAAUCUCACUCACCCACGAGAUCAAAUAAAGAAAACUAGGAUCUAAAUUUUGUAGAUGACGACAGCAUUAAGCAUAUGUCUAAGGAAUAAUUAUAAGAGCUUUUCAAAAAAUAAUAAAGAUUAUUACUAAAGUAGCAAUUUAAACCUGUCAAUACUAUUUACUCUACAGCUACUCGCCCUAGAACAUCAUAAUCUAGAGGGAAAUCUUCUUCAAAGAGAUCAUAGUAAAAAAAAGAAAAUUAAAUCAAGAAAGUCAGCAUUAACACCAACCUUCAAUCUUACGUCAGCAAUCCUUUCAAUAUUUAAAAGCAACUUACAGAUAGUAUAGCUAAGAUUAAAGCUCCUUAAGGAUCAACUAUGAUUAACAAUUUUUUCCUAAAUUUCAAUGAUUUACUUAAUAAUCAGCAUUAGUAGAAUUCAAUCAAUAAUCAACUUGCCAGUAACAGUAAUAUAACUUCACAAACUUCAUAAGACCAUGCAACUAUCAAAAGCAAUAAUCCUAGCACCUAGCCAUUCUUUAAAAUAUCUGAUUAGGAAUUAGUAAACCUUCUUUAGGCUGGACAGAUUGGAACUUUUGAAAAGUAAAACGAAUUAAAAACAUUUUUGGAGUAAAAGAUUAUUGAAAAUCAUAACUCAGAACGAAAUAAUUUUUAUCAAAAGAUCUACGAUAUAUUGUAAGGAAGUGUUAAUAAAACAUAUUAAAGAAUGAGUGAAAGUGAGAAUAAAUAACCAAGAAAGCUCAAGGAAGAUAAUGAGGAUAUCUAGCGUAUCCUAAAAUAGAAAGGAGAUCUUGAAAACCUUUUUAAGCAAUAUAAUAUAUAGGACAAGAAAAAAGAUGCUUAUGAGAAGGCAUAGUAAGAAAGAUAAGAUAAAAUUAGAUUAAGAGAGCUAAAGAUGCAAUAAAUACAGGAGAAAAAACUUAAAGAGUAGCUUGAUGCGCAUUAGAAAAAGGUAUCAUAUGAAAGGGAAAAUUAGCAGAGGAUGCUAUCUGAUAAAAUUAUGGGUCUGGCUACCAAGAUAGAGAAGCAGAAGUUAUUGACUGAGAAAAAAGAGUUGAAUGAAUAAAUAAAGUAGAAGCAAGAAAUGGGCAAAAAUCUUCUCAUGAAGAUUGAUUCAGUCUAUAACAACAAGAUUAGUAUGCUAAAGGAUAAAAUUAAAUCUGAGAAGUUUGACCGACAAAUAGCAAGUUCAGCUUAGAGAGAAAUUUUAGAUAAAAUGAAAAGGGAAAACCUGGCAUUUAAAAAGAUGGUUGGUAUUCCAACUGAAAUUAAGCAAAUCAUGAAUAGACCGUGA